AUGAUGCCAUUCAUUCCGCUACUCUUCGUCCUGGCGAGUAUAACUUUGUUUUUUUCGCGACGUCGUUAUAAAGCUAUUGAGAGCGCUGAGCCGCCGGUGGUUGUUAAGGGACAUACGUACUCUGAUAGUGUGGAUGAGACCGAGCUUCAACCUUUGGAGAGUAAGAAAGUUGAGCAUGUUCGGAGUGCUUGUAUCAUUGGGGCUGGACAUGUGGGUGCAUUGACGGCGGUUGUACUCGCCUCCCAGAAUCCCCACAUCCAGUUCAGUGUCGUUGACAAUGAUGCGGGUCUCAUUAACGCGUGGAACUCCGAUCGGCCCCCAGUGUUUGAGCCUGGGUUGGAGGAGAUGUUGUUUGAGGAGAUAUCAAGCCUCAAUCUAGAUGCGUCAGCUAUCCCGGAUCAGUCUAUAGCUUCAGAUUGUAGUCAGCCUCGAAAGAGGAAACUGACGAACUUGACAUUUUCCACAAACGUCCACGCAGGCGUGGCCGCAGCAGACCUGAUUUUCCUUUGUUCAGAGAUAUUCUCAACUAUAACAAUUGACGAAAAAGAGCGCUUAGAUCUGUCGCAGUUGGAGUCUGCAAUCCGAGCGAUCGCUCAAGUAUCCACUGGCCACAAGAUUAUCGUGCAAAAGAGCACCGCUCCAUGUGGUGUCGUUCAGCGAAUGAAGAAGAUUUUGCGAAAAACCGCAUCUCCAUCCGCUUCAUUCGAUGUGCUGUCCAACCCCGACUUCUUGGUUCCAGGCACAGCCCUUCAUGACCUCCUUUACCCUCCCCGCGUUAUUAUCGGGCACAUAUUCUCGGAAGACAUGUCCCCAGGAGCUUUAAGCGCACUGAAGAAGCUUUACAUUCCUUGGGUUCCAGAAGAGCGCAUUAUCACCAUGGACGCAUGGUCUUCGGAACUGGGCAAAAUUGCCGCGAACGCAUUCCUCGCCCAGCAAAUCAGCAGUCUUCACUCGCUGAGCGCUAUUUGUGAAUCCACCAACGCCAACAUCAACCACAUCACCCAGACCCUCGGGUUACCGCAACGAGUCGGCUUUGGAUUCGGCAGCUCGCACUUGCAGACCGAGGUGCUGUGCCUAGUAUAUCUGGCCCGAGAGCUAGGACUGCAGCAAGUGGCAGAGUACUGGCGCGCUGUCCUGCGCAUGAACGAUUCACACAAUCGACGUAUCUCCCAACGAGUCUUGUCGCAGUUAUCCGGCGACCUCACGGAGCAGAAGAUUGCGGUUCUGGGGUUUACCCCAAAGGAGAACAACAACCAGUAUUCUGUGGCGCUGGGUCUGGUCCGGGACUUGUCAAAGAACGGGGUAAAAGUGGGAAUUUAUGACCCAUUUAUACCUGCAGACCAGCUGGAGAACACGCUGCGUGCGAGCAAUGCAUCUCUUGACACGGUCACAGUGGCCGACUCAGUGGAGACGGCAUGCGCGGGAUGCAGUGCUGUUAUUCUUCACACGGACUGGGAGACGUUCGGACAUGAGAAGGUUCGAUGGCAGGGCAUUGCGGGCCAGAUGCAGAGCCCGAAGGUGUUCUUGGAUCCUUAUGGUGUGUUUGACCAGUUCAAGAUGCAGCAGUGGGGAUUCAAGAUGUUGCAGGUGGGUGUGAGGCAGACAGAAGCAAAGUAAAGUUUGUGAUGUCAUUACAACUGUCUACUUAUGAUCUGCUUUGAUUUAUCACGAUAUGGCGCAGAUGGGGGUUAGCAGGUGUCAUGAUUCUGUGGUUGAGCGACUGAUGUUUAUUCUCUAGUUUCUUUGAGCGUUCGAGUCAGCGAUGUAGAUAUUUUUGUUGCUUUCUGUUUUACUUCUAGUACUUCUGAUCCCUCUAACAGUCACUAUGUGCAAUUCUGCAAGCAUGUUAAGCCAUAAUAAGUCCAAAAAUGUGAUUUCGCUGCCAGUCCCGG